UGGGGAGGCGCGGGGUGGCUGCCGGGAGCUGGCUGGGCUGGGGGCCGCGGGAUCGGCGCCCCCCUCGAGUGAUGGGGCUCCCGCCCGUGUAGGGGCCAUGCCGCCCGGGCUCCGGGCCUGCCCCGCUCCGCGCCGGGAUGGUCAACCUGGCGGCCAUGGUGUGGCGCCGCCUCCUGAGGAAGAGGUGGGUGCUCGCCUUGGUCUUCGGGCUCUCGCUCGUCUACUUCCUCACUAGCACCUUCAAGCAGGAGGAGAGGGCGGUGAGAGAUCGGAAUCUCCUUCAGGUUCAAGACCAUGAUCAGCCCAUUCCAUGGAAAGUGCAAUUUAACUUGGGCAACAGCAGUCGGCCCAGCAACCAGUGCCGGAAUUCCAUCCAAGGGAAGCACCUCAUCACGGAUGAACUGGGUUAUGUUUGUGAAAGGAAGGAUUUGCUGGUGAAUGGCUGCUGUAACGUCAAUGUUCCUGGCACAAAGCAGUACUGCUGUGAUGGCUGCUUGUCCAAUGGCUGCUGCAGUGCCUACGAGUACUGCGUCUCCUGCUGCCUGCAGCCCAGCAAGCAACUUCUCCUGGAGCGCUUCCUUAACCGGGCAGCUGUGGCAUUCCAGAACCUCUUCAUGGCUGUUGAAGACCACUUUGAAUUGUGUUUGGCUAAAUGCAGGACCUCAUCCCAGAGCUGUGCAGUGAUCAGAUCAUCUGUGCUUCCCAAAGCAUCGAAAAUUGGUGUGCUGUACCCUUUUAGGAGUUGGGAGAAUUUUGGCCUGGGGACAUCAAUAAGAGACUCAAUUUACUUCUGUCCAGAAACCAGCAGGGCCUCCUGGUGCCGCAGCCCCCAGGUAAGUGGGACCCAGCAUGGGGCUGAGGUUUCCAUGAGCCUCCCUUUGACCUGUCAGUGGAUUCCUUCAAGUCACCCUGGUUUUCCUGUGUUUAAAAGGAGACUAAUCACAGUUAAGCAGUUUGAAGUCCUGGUCUGAAAAAGCAUCAUUAUUACUUGCUCGAGGGUCUUGGCAUCUCAGGGCUCCAAGGGAGAAAAAAAAAAAAAAAAAGAGCCCACAUUGAUUUCUAAUGCAAAUUGGGUUUGAAGAGGAUGCCGGCUCUCUGGAGUUCUUAGUCGCCCACAGAGGAGGGCACACCCCAGGGGGGGACUGUUGCCUUGGGCAAAGAAUUUCCUUGUAUCAAGACAAAACCCAGAUAUGGUCAUUUCCCGCCCUCAGACCCCACCCUGCUGCCCGCCUCUAGGAACACGCAGCCUCGCCCUGACUUAAAGCAGAAUUCCCGCGUCUGUGAUCUCAGGGCUGCUUUUCUCUGCCUCCCCCACCCCUUCCCUUCCACCGCUUCUACCUACCCUGCGCACGUGCACACGUGCUCACAUACACGUGCACAUGUGCACCACAGAAUUCUCACACAGACACAUACAACCCAUUUAUAGACAUUCACGUACACACACUCACAUGAACACACAUCCACGCGCAGACACACACACACACACACUCACUCCCUGGCCCUUCCCUGUUACUACUUGUUUCUCUCUGGCAUCAUUUUCCUUGCCGUUUUCUUUGUGGUUUUGUCUGCUAAUCACCCCCUCUCCCCAGACCCUGGGAUCCUCCGCCAAGAUGUCGAAAUAUCUGAUGUAUUUGCUCAGAGAGACAAGAGCAAAUGCACCUCGGGUUUGAUGGAAAUUUGCUUCUCCUAAGGCGGCUAUCAACGUCACCCUGCCCCCACCCUGCUGAGAAAACAAAGGGAAGGAAGUAGAUCUUGAAGGCCUUCUCCCUUCCUGGCACCGGGCACAGACCUCUCACCCUCCCAGCCCCCCUUGGAGAUAAAGCUUCUUUUCCCAUGUCUUGGAUAAGGAAAUCAAGGCACAGAGAAGCUCGGUGACUCAUCUUAGGUUAAUUAAUUCUUUCAAAAAGUAUUUGUUGAGGAGUUCCCUUCAUGGCUCAGCAGUUAACAAGU